GGUUGAAAUUACGUAAAUACCCUUAUUCAUGGCCUAUGGUUUGGGUUUUACCGGGUUAAUUAUGGAACUUCAAUCUACCUGCCAUCAGUACCUUCGAGCCCUGCGACAUUUUCCUCUUCCCAGACGUCUGCUUUCUUCUCAGCCCUCUCCUCUCUUUUUAAUUUUCGUUCAGACGCCUGCUUCGUUCUUUUCAUCUCAGAGCUUUCGUGUCUUUGGGGUUUCUCGGGGCUUAUUUUCAUACAUAACUUUCUUGUCUUAGGGUUAUCCUACUCGUCGAGCUCAGGUCUUGGAAACGAGGGCCUUGUCAUUUUUUGCCAAAACAAGCAAAGCCGUCCUACUUGGUUUCUCGCUCCCGACAGAAAGUUACUGAAGUCUUCAGCUACUCUCCUCUCACUCACUCUCUCUCAGUCGGUUGCGUCGCCCUGUUUCGUCGCCUGCAAUUGCCGUCGCACAAAAGUCCUUCGGAACACGUAUUAGUGGAUCGACCCCCGGGGGGGGGGGGGAAGGUUGGAGCUAACGAAGAUGGAUGCAAUUAGCUUAUGUGAUGAUUGUGAUGGUGAUUUCAUGGGCAGUAGAACAGUGGAGAUUGGUGCAGAAGAUGGUAAUAACGUUAUGACAGGGAUGCUGAGUUUGGUUCCUGCAAUACCCAAUUCAAAUUCUCUUGGCACAGAAGGAAACACCAUUCGAUCUUCUCGAAUUUCAGACUUGGGAACAUUUGAGCAGUCCCUUGGAUUUCGCAUAGAGGAUGCUGCUGACCUAAUUCCUGUAUAUUACCAGAUGAAGUCGAAUGGCCAGGCACUGGGUACAGAUAAUCAGUUUGCCACUUUAAAUAAGACAUUACAACUACAGACAGAACCACAAGCAAAUCUGGUUUCUACAUUUGGUGGCCAUCGUGAAAACUGGGGGGAGUCCACUAUGGCAGAAGCAAGCCCAAGGACUGAUACCUCAACAGAUGACACCGAUGACAAGAAUCAUGGGCAUGAAAGGGGUCAAUUGACUGCUGUUGUAGUUUCUGAUUCCAGUGACAAAUCGAAAGAGAAAUCAGGGGAUCAGAAGAAAAUCUUGCAGACAUUACGCCGGCUUGCUCAAAAUCGUGAAGCUGCCAGAAAGAGCCGAUUAAGGAAAAAAGCAUAUGUACAACAGCUUGAGAGUAGCCGGCUAAAGCUAACUCAACUAGAGCAAGAGCUGCAGCGAGCCCGCCAGCAGGGCAUAUUUAUUUCAAGCUCUGGAGACCAAUCUCAUUCGAUGAGUGGAAAUGGUGCCUUGGCAUUUGACAUAGAGUAUGCACGGUGGCUAGAAGAGCACAACAAGCAGAUAAAUGAGCUGAGGGCUGCAGUCAAUUCACAUGCUGCUGAUGCUGAGCUUCGCACCAUUGUUGACAAUGUUACGGCACACUUUGAUGAUAUUUUUAGGCUGAAAGGCAUUGCGGCAAAAGUGGAUGUUUUCCACAUCUUGUCAGGAAUGUGGCAGACAACAGCGGAACGAUGUUUUAUGUGGAUUGGUGGCUUCCGAUCAUCUGAACUACUCAAGCUUCUUGUGAAUCAGUUGGAGCCGUUAACUGAGCAACAAUUGGUGGGCAUCUACAACUUGCAGCAAUCAUCCCAGCAGGCUGAAGAUGCUCUCUCACAGGGCAUGGAGGCAUUGCAGCAAUCCCUGGCCGAGACAUUGGCCAAUGGGUCACCUAACCCAUCAGGAUCAUCUGGGAAUGUGGCGAACUAUAUGGGUCAAAUGGCCAUGGCAAUGGGAAAGCUUGGAACUCUUGAAGGGUUCCUUCGGCAGGCUGAUAAUCUGCGUCAACAAACACUCCAACAAAUGCACCGGAUAUUGACGACCAGGCAAUCAGCCCGCGCUCUUCUUGCAAAAAAUGACUACUUCUCUCGUCUACGAGCACUCAGUUCUCUCUGGCUUGCCCGGCCACGAGAAUGAGAAGCACAGAAAUCCUCAAUGAAGUUGUUAUCCCGAAGGCAGCCCCCCAUCCAUUCGAAUUAAGCUUCAAGUUUGUGAAGGGUCAGGCAUAUGAUUCACACCAUAAGUCAACUACAGCUGUUAUUAAAUUUCAAAUUCCUUUCGGGACCUGGUUGUGGUGCCGUAAGCUCACAUUUGUGAUAUAAGCCUCCAUCUGUAGUUCUAGUGUAGGUGGGGUGGGGGGUCACGUUUGUUUGUUGUUGAUAUUGUCUCCAUCUGUAGUUCUAGUGUCACAUAUGUUCUUCUAGGUAUUUUGUUCUUACUCAUUAUGCUCAAAACUAUGGUGAUAAUCUUAUUAUGUUAGAUGUUAAAUAGAAUCGAUGAGAAAAAUAGCACAUUAGUUGUAAUGUAAAAUCUAGGUUACAGCUCUCAAUUUGUAUACCAGAAUUUAUUUAUAUAUUAUCGGUGCAGGAGUUCUGUUUUGGUUGUUUGGGAA